AUGUCUGCCCCCUCGAAAUCGUCACGGUGGGCCGCCUCCGACCCAGAGGAAGAGGCUCUCCUUGCGCAACGGAAACGCGAAAAGGAAGAGAAAAAACGCGCCAAGGCCGCAAAACAACGCCAGCUUGACGAACAGACACAAGCUCAGUCCGUCUCGCACGCGCAUGACGAGCCCAAUGGCGACGCCGACGAACCUCCGCCCAAACGGCGACGUUUCGCGAACCAGCAGCCUCAGCAGCAGAUGGAGCAGGAGGCCGUAUCCGCAGCGGCGGCGGAGGAGAAGGAACCGAAGCUCCUGUUCUUCCCCCCGGGGCAAGCGUGGGGUCCCUGUCGGCAUGUCGAUAACUUCGAGCGGCUGAAUCAUAUCGAGGAGGGCGCGUAUGGGUGGGUGAGUCGCGCCAAGGACAUCAUGACGGGCGAGGUGGUGGCUCUUAAGAAGCUGAAGAUGGAGACGGCGACGGAUGGGUUCCCUGUCACGGGGCUGCGGGAGAUCCAGACGCUGCUGGAGGCGCGGCAUGCGAACAUCGUGUAUCUGCGUGAGGUGGUGAUGGGGAGUAAAAUGGAUGAUGUCUUCCUCGUCAUGGACUUCCUCGAACAUGAUCUGAAAACCUUACUCGACGACAUGCGCGAACCGUUCCUCCCCUCGGAGAUCAAGACCCUGCUCCUGCAGGUCCUCUCGGGUCUCGACUUCCUGCACUCCCACUGGAUCAUGCACCGCGACCUGAAGACCUCGAACCUCCUCAUGAACAACCGCGGCGAGAUCAAAAUCGCAGACUUCGGCAUGGCGCGCUACUACGGUGACCCGCCGCCGAAGCUGACCCAGCUGGUCGUGACCCUCUGGUACCGUGCCCCGGAGCUGCUGCUCGGCGCCGAGAAAUACGGCCCGGAAAUCGACAUGUGGAGUAUCGGCUGUGUCCUCGGCGAGCUGCUCACGAAAGAACCCCUGCUCCAGGGCAAGAAUGAGGUCGACCAGGUAUCCAAGAUCUUCGCUCUCACCGGCCCUCCAACGCAGCAGAACUGGCCAGGCUUCCGCUCGCUUCCUAAUGCUAAAUCCCUGCGUCUGCCACCCACGUCCUCCUCAUCGGGAUCUGGAGCCCUUCCGCUACUGCCCCGUUCAAAAUUCCCUUUCCUCACUAAUGCUGGCCUGGAGCUUCUCUCGUCACUCUUGGCUCUGAAUCCCCGCGCACGUCCCUCAACUCAGCAGUGUCUCUCACAUAAGUACUUCAAGGAGGAUCCUCGCCCCAAACCGAAGGAAAUGUUCCCCACUUUUCCGUCCAAAGCAGGUAUGGAGAAACGAAGGCGCCGGGAGACCCCAGAGGCGCCCAAACGGGGUCAGGAAGCCCCCAGCCUGGAUUUCGCAAGUGUCUUCGGUGGUCAAUCCGGCGGCGAUACAGAAGAGGCAGGUGCUGGGUUUACGUUGCGGCUGGGCUAG